UGACAAUGGCUUUUCUGCAGCAGUACAUAUGCACUGCAUAUCUGUGCUACUUCGGUAACCCACUUGCUGCGCGCCUAUACUUGUCUGUGCGCGUUUUCUUUGGACUCGUUCCCACUCGUCCAUGUGCAUUUCCGUUUAUUCAAACUUGUUUGCAUCAGCCGGUACUCAUUUUUUUUGGUUCAUACUUGCUGCUACUUGUUGCAGAUUAUCUACAGUCUUUGGGAUACUACUCAGGUCUAAACAUACACGUAUUCGAGAUGUACUUCCAUCAAUCCAACUCUUCCAGCCAUUAGUAUCUCUGCGAUCCCUCUUCUCUCUCUCCCUUGAAUCAAUUUAAUUUUCGGGUGAACCACACACCUUUAAAUUGAUCGCCUUGCUAUCGGAGCUGUUCAAAUGAAGGCGUCGUAAGCGUGUACAUUGUAGGUGAAGACCAGGACUGCAUCCACUCAUGGUCACACUCUCCGUGAUGUUAUUGAAGUACGUAGACAUGAAUCUUUGAAUACAUGUGUUGUACCCUGUUUCGGGGUACGGGAAAAGCUC